UGGGAUCUAUUUAUAGGUUGGGACUCGGAGUACUGUGUCCUAGUCACAAAGAGAGGCAGAGACGCAGAGGGGACUGUCGGCUGGUGCAGGCAGAACCAAAAGAUAUUUAAUCAGCAAUUAGAAACACCUGAGGGCAAGGGAAAUUCUACUCCAGCCUCGAGCCUCAUCUCUCAGCCUGCAGCAUGACCCCUGCCUCAUUCACUGCAUGUGAUGGACCUGCUCUGAGGUAAAUCAGAGUUGCACAGUGAAAGAGACCAUCUGUAGGACCCCUGCCUCAUUUGUCAGGCUGCUCGGCAGAAUGGCCACAGAGGAGCGGCACCUCUCCUCCAGCUGCGGCUCCUUCAUCAAGACCGAGCCCUCCAGCCCGUCCUCCGGCAUCGACGCCAUCAGCCACCACAGCCCGAGCGGCUCCUCCGACGCCAGCGGUGGCUACGGCAUGGCCAUGGGCGGCCACCCCAACGGCCUGGACUCGCCGCCCAUGUUCAACGGCGCGGGCAUCGGCGGCGGCUCCUGCCGCAAGCGCUACGACGACUGCGCCAGCGCCAUCAUGGAGGACUCGCCCACCAAGUGCGAGUACAUGCUCAACGCCAUCCCCAAGCGGCUGUGCCUCGUCUGCGGGGACAUUGCUUCUGGCUACCACUACGGCGUGGCUUCCUGUGAGGCCUGCAAAGCCUUCUUCAAGAGGACUAUCCAAGGGAACAUUGAAUACAGCUGCCCGGCCACCAAUGAGUGUGAGAUCACGAAACGGAGGCGCAAGUCCUGUCAGGCCUGUCGCUUCAUGAAAUGCCUCAAAGUGGGGAUGCUAAAAGAAGGUGUUCGUCUGGAUCGAGUCCGUGGAGGCCGUCAGAAAUACAAAAGGAGGCUGGAUUCUGAGAGCAGCACUUACCUGAGCUUACAGAUCCCUCCCCCAGCUAAAAAGCCAUUGACUAAGAUCGUCUCCCACUUGCUGGUGGCUGAGCCAGAGAAGAUUUAUGCCAUGCCUGAUCCAACCAUGCCGGAGAGCGACAUCAAAGCCCUGACAACCCUCUGUGACCUGGCAGACAGGGAACUGGUGGUGAUCAUUGGCUGGGCAAAGCACAUCCCAGGGUUCUCCAACCUCUCCCUUGGAGACCAGAUGAGCCUUCUGCAGAGUGCCUGGAUGGAAAUUCUCAUCCUGGGCAUUGUGUACCGCUCCCUGCCAUAUGAGGACAAGCUGGUCUAUGCUGAGGACUACAUCAUGGAUGAAGAGCACUCUCGUCUGACAGGGCUGCUGGAGCUCUACCUGGCCAUCCUACAGCUGGUGCGCCGCUACAAGAAGCUCAAGGUGGAAAAGGAGGAGUUUGUCACGCUCAAAGCUCUGGCCCUCGCCAACUCAGACUCCAUGCACAUAGAGGACAUGGAUGCAGUGCAGAAGCUCCAGGACCUUCUCCACGAAGCCCUGCAGGACUACGAGCUGAGUCAGCGCAACGAGGAGCCCCGGCGAGCGGGCAAGCUGCUCCUGACCUUGCCCCUCCUUCGGCAGACGGCUGCUAAAGCUGUGCAGCACUUCUACAGCAUCAAACUGCAGGGCAAGGUUCCCAUGCAUAAACUCUUCCUAGAAAUGCUAGAGGCAAAGGUCUGACAGCCCCAGCACCAGCCGACAGUGGCCGGGGAACAAACUAGAAACAAAGAUGCAGACAACGGAGCAAUCCAAACAGCAGCAGCAGCCACCGCCGGCUUUUAUCUCCAAUCAUUUAUUAUGGAAGAAUUAUCUAAUGUCUAUCUGUCGGCGUGACUGCAGAAUCUUGUGUACAGGAGGGGGGAAACUUUUAAUCAGUCACCUGUUUCUCUUUUUUUCGUUGUUUUCUCUGUGGGAAAUACCAGAUUAUGCUCUUGCACUUGUUGAGGCAUCAUCGGGGCUCAGCCCCUCUGCUCAGUGAUGCUCUCAGCGCUGUCCAGGCUGCCUGCUUCCCAGCUCCCUCUGCCACUUCUGGAGGGGGAGUGGGGACAGAAGCAGGAGGAGAGGAAGAAUAGAGUCAAUAUAAACUUUAUCUGCUGGUGUUACAAGGGGUCAGCUAGAAGGGGAAGCAGCCACGGUCCUUCUUUUUGUCACCUUUCUGCCUCUUACCAUAGAGUAGAUGCUCCUUUGGAGAGCAAUGCUGCUGGACCUCUCCUGAACAAAAAGGCUGCCUCCCAGACUCCUCUAACACUUGUACAUACAGGCCCCACUUCUUACUGGGAAAGAUGCUCCUAACUGUGUAAGAUAUUCUGCCACCUUGUACAGUGUGUCAUUACGCCUGGCUAGUCCCUCCCAUGUACAACCCCCGCAGGCCCCUGAAGAGGUAGGAGGUAUGUCCCUGAGAAAAUGCAAGUCUUUCCCAAAUGGCAAGAGAAAAGAGCCUGAUGUUAAGCUUCAGUGCUGGAUUGACUUGAUAAUCUCUGCAUCCUCUCCUAUGUGGUGCUAACUACAAUUCUUCCACACUCUUCACCCCAUAGUGUAUCACACCUGCCUCUUCAGCUCAGCUGAGUGCCAUUCCCUACCUGUUCCUUGUGGCAGAGAACACAAGGCUUUGUCUGCAUGGUUACUGCCCAAGUAUAAAUACACCCCACACCAGAUCUUCCCUAGACUUCAUUAGAGCUCUUUGGCUCCACAGAGACUUUAGGCUUAUUGCCAAAUUCUAGUUAGGAAUCAAGGGCACUGCUUUUCAGAGGAGGCAGCUCUAGAGCCUGAGAGAUUGCUUUCUUGUGGCAGCCUAGGGAAAUAAAUUAGAGGAUGGCAUGAAACCCCUGAUAGUCCAACUACUGUCUUCCCCUGCCUCAUCCCAUUAUCCUCAACAGCAGGAAAAAAGCUAGCAUAGGUUAAACCUGGGGCUGGUAAGAGGUUCUCUUGCUAAUCAGAAAGCAAAUACCUGACCUUGAGGUGGUGAGAGAAGAAUGGGGGAGCAUUUAUUUACUUCUCUUAUGUAACCAGGUUCCUGCUGUCUCCAAGACCUGGUUUAGAAUCUGCUGCCUAAGCCAUAACUGCUGCAUUCCCAGUAGCCAGAGGGGAAUGUAGGUGACUGACAAAACUGACUGUUGGUGUUCUCUGAAACUUUGUUUUCUAGGUCACUUAGUUUUAAGCCAUCCUGAGCUGAGGAAACCUGAGUAUAUUGUCUUUUUUUGUGGUCAGCAACUUGACACUAGAGGUGAGAAAAAACCUCUGAUCUACAUUUGAGACACCACUAACUCUAUUGCCUCUGUUCUCCUCUUCCUGGCUUCCUCAGGAAAAAGGUGGUGUAUCAGAGGAGUAACCUGCCCUCAGGAGGAAGUCUUCCAAACCAGGGUUGAGGUGUGUGAUCAGAGACACUGGGUGCUUGUUUUCUGCUGUAGCAGAAUGUGUCCCAGCAGUGCUGCCAGUAGUGCAGAGCCCUGCCCUGGCAGGCUCAGACACAGGGGUGCACAUGGUGAUCUCUCAGGUCUCAUAGCCAGCCCACACCUUGUGCUUAAGUUAGUUCCAUUCCAUCUCCUUUGAGUUCUUCCUAUGCUACACAGUCACUCAUUUUGUACUCACCUGGUAAAGGAAUUGUCUUGCUUCAGGCAUAUUAGUAAACCACCGGAGACCUAAGGGGCAGAAGGCACAUGGGAACUGGGACUCCUUCUGUACUCACAGCAGCAGCAAUUACACAGUGGCCUCGUGCUUCGAGCAAAUACUUGUGCUUCUCUUCCCCAUUCCCUCCCAGACGCAUCUGGGGAGAAAAUGAGAGGCUUUUGGUUGCACUCAUGAUCCCUGUACCCAUCUGUGACUGAGGGACCAAAGUGAAAUGCAUGCCACCAAUACAGAGCCAGCUUGCCAUGUGCUGCACUCUGGCAACUCUUUCUGGCUGUGGUAUAAUUGCUUUCACAGAUGUGCUGGGUUGCAUUGUCACCUGUAAGCUUGACUCACUUGACCACUGCUGCAGUGCUGCCAAGUCCCACCCAGCUGAGCUGCAGCACGUUGUGUCCCAGCCUGCUGUGCAAAGGUAGCUGUCCCAAAAUGGGUUGAAAAGAUCCUAAGAAGCAAUUCUUACUCUGUUGGGCCCUGCUGGAAAGGUCACUUACUCACACACCAACAUACCCACCCAA